UGUGCCGCUAGUGACUGUGGUUGUUGGGUUUCGGGAAUACAGAAUUGCUGUAGGUGGCGAUCUGCGUGAAAUGUAUCACCAGAUGAAGAUCAUCGCUCGGGAUCGGCAAGUACAACGUUUCCUCUUCCGGAAAGAUUCCAAGGGACCUCCACGCGUGUUCGUCAUGGACGUUGCCACGUUUGGAUCGACGAGCUCUCCCUGUUCGGCCCAAUAUGUGAAGAACCUCAACGCUCAAGAGUACGCUGGGCAAUAUCCGGAGGCAGCAGCGGCGGUUAUCAACCGUCAUUACGUCGACGACUACUUUGAUAGCGUCGACACCGUAGACGAGGCGAUCGAGCGAACGGAGCAAGUCAGGUUCAUUCACCAGAAGGGAGGCUUCGAGAUUAGGAACUGGGUUUCGAAUUCGCCGGAAGUUCUCCAGAGCCUCGGUGAGCAGAAACCGGUUUCAGCCGUCCACAUCACCGAAGACAAAGUAACGUCACACGAACGCGUGCUAGGUAUGAUCUGGGAUCCGGAUCGUGAUGAAUUAUCUUUCUCCACCCAACAUCGCCAAGAGCAUCUUCCGUACCUAUGCGGAGACAAACGGCCAACGAAACGUGCGGUGUUAAGCUGCGUCAUGGGCUUCUUCGAUCCGCUUGGUUUACUUUCUCCGUUCACGAUCCACGGAAAGAUCAUCGUGCAGCACUUAUGGCGUAGUGGCUGCGAUUGGGACGACGCGAUUAGCGACGAUUGCUGGGAAAUGUGGAAGCGCUGGAUUGCUGUACUGCCGGAAGUCGAGAACAUUAGGAUUCCACGUUGCUAUCUUGGAGAUUCCUUGUCGUCUGCGGUUGAGUCAAUUGAAAUUCACAUCUUCACGGAUGCCAGCGAACACGCAUACGGCUGUGUUGCGUAUCUGCGAGUAGUCAUCGACGGAGCUGUGCGGUGUAUUCUAGCUAUGUCUCGAUCGAAAGUGGCACCGUUGAAGCGCCAGUCAAUCCCACGACUGGAGUUGAUGGCGGCUGUACUUGGAGCGCGGAUGAGUCAAACGAUGAUCGCUACGCAUUCACUGAAAAUCGAUCGAUGCAUACUGUGGACAGAUUCACGAACGGUUUGGAGUUGGAUCCAGUCUGACCAACAUAAAUACAAACAGUUUGUUGCGUUCAGGAUCGGAGAAAUACUGGAGUUGACACGAGCGACGGAUUGGCGAUGGGUUCCAACGAAGCAGAAUAUGGCGGACGUCCUGACGAAAUGGCAUCGAGGUAACGAUCUGGAAAGCGAUGGGGUAUGGUUCACGGGUGCACCGUUCCUGCACCAGCCCAAAGACCAGUGGCCGACUAUGGAGGUGACGAUCGAAGAGACGUACGAGGAAGCCAGGGGCCACGUGACAUUCCAUGGCGUGGUUGAAGUAGACCGAUGCUCGAGAUGGACAACGCUGCAAAGGGUGAUGGCGUGUGCGGUCAGGUUCAUCGACAAUUGCAAACGCAAGGUAGCAGGGCUGCCGAUAGUCACCUUGAAGGCAACAGAUAACCAGCAACAUCAAAUCCUGGUACCGAUGCAAUCGAUGCAACGUCCGCUCGAGAGAGAUGAGUUUCGAACUGCGCAGAUCAUCCUGUGGAAGCAAGCACAGUUCGAAGGAUUCCCAGAUGAGAUGAGCAUCCUCACCAAGAAUCUGGAACAACAACCAGAUGUAGUAAUGGAAACGGUGAAGAAGAGCAGUUGCCUGUACAAAUUGACUCCGAUUCUGGACAAAGAAGGUGUGCUGCGGUUGGGUGGUAGAAUGGAUAUGUCCGUCGACAUGCCUUUCGACAAAAGGUGUCCAAUAAUUCUGCCAAGAAAGCACGCGACGACGGAGAAGCUGAUCCAGUUCUACCACGAGAAGUAUGGACACGCCAAUCGAGAGACAGUGAUGAACGAGCUUCGCCAAAGGUUCUGGAUUCCGAACACCCGAGCUGCAAUCCGUCAAGUGAUGAGCAAUUGCGUUCUGCACACAACACUAGCUGAAGCAGAGGACAUGAUUAACGCCCGGCCGCUAACGUACAUACCGCAGGAAUCAGCUGAGGAAGAAGCGAUUACCCCGAACCAUUUCCUUCGUGGGUCGGUGACAAGUGCGGAUUUGGUGGUCCAGCCAGUGGACAUUGCGGAGGCUCUACGAGAUACUUACAAGCGUUCUCAAUACCUGGCGAACCGAAUGUGGGAAAGAUGGUGCAAGGAAUACUUGCCGACAAUCAACAGACGGACGAAGUGGUUCGAGGAGCAGAAGCCGCUACAGGUGAACGACCUGGUCUUCAUAGUGGAUGGAAAAACCCGGAAAAGCUGGAUCCGAGGGAUCGUGGAAGAGAUACUCCGAGGACCAGACGGAAGAGUGAGGCAAGCGAUAGUGCGGACGGCUAGAGGAGUCUACCGGCGUGCUGUAGCGAACUUAGCGGUGAUGGAGGUCUGAAAGUAAAUCCGGGAUUUCCGGAGGAACUACCGGAUGUUACGGGCUGGGGUAUGUCAACACCGCAGGGCAGCAAACCCAACACAACGGUGUGCGUAGCUGCGGUUGGCGUACCUAAUGUUA